AUGCUAGAAUAUCGCACCCAGGGCUUUCAAGGCUAUGCUGUCAAAUACUCUCCUUUCUUCGACAAUCGGAUAGCUGUCGCUGCUUCAGCAAAUUAUGGGCUUGUCGGAAAUGGACGCCUUUAUAUAUUGGAGUUGACACCCCAUGGUAUCCAACCAUUAAAGAGCUAUCCCACGCAGGACGCCCUUUAUGAUGUUACUCACUCUGAGGCACAUUCAUUCCAUGUCUUGACUUCUUCUGGGGAUGGAUCUCUUCGACUCUACGACACCUCCCUAGCCCCCGAUUUCCCCAUUGCAACAUUUCAAGAACACUCACGAGAGGCUUUCUCAUGCAGUUGGAAUCUUACAUCAAAAGCCACAUUUGCAUCUUCUUCGUGGGAUGGAUCUGUCAAAAUAUGGAACCCCGAGAGACAACAGAGUCUUUUGACUUUACCGACUCAUUCCUGCACAUAUUCUGUUCAAUGGAAUCCACACACCGAUGGCAUGUUGAGCGCAGUCUGUUCAGACAGCUAUCUUCGAGUCUGGGAUUUGAGAACUCCGGCCAGUGCCAGUAAUCAUCUCACACUUCAAAUCCCAAUUCAUGCACCUCCAAUUUCAGUCGGGCUUGGGAAACCACAGCCUACGUUUCCACCAGCCGAAGCACUCUGUCAUGAUUGGAACAAAUAUCGAGGCACCGUGUUGGCCACAGGAGGUGUUGAUAGGAUAAUUCGAACAUUUGAUAUUCGACAACCCAAAGGCCCACUUCAGUUAUUGCAGGGUCACAACUAUGCGGUGCGGAAAGUUGCAUGGAGUCCACACCUGCCAGAUUUACUGUUAAGUGCCAGUUACGACAUGACAUGUCGAGUGUGGACAGAUGGGGGUGAUGGCAGUCAACCCGCUCGGGAAUUGGGAAGCAUGGGACGACACAGUGAAUUCGCGACUGGUGUCGACUGGUGUUUAUUUGGCAGUGAAGGCUGGGCCGCCAGUUGUGGAUGGGAUGAACGACUUUGUGUAUGGGAUGUUCGAUCCUUCAUGCAUCCUUAA